CCAACUUGGUGACUCAUAUAAAUUGUUUUCUUGUAUUAAUGUUAGUAUGGUGCCAUCCAUGUUCAUGAGGCUUUGCAACAAAACAAGAAGGAGCUGCUAGGUCCCUGCCCCAAGGGGUUCACAAUCCAGAAAUAGGCAAUGACAGAAACGGGAGGGAAGCAGAGACAAGGCUUAGAUAAGCAGUUAUUUCAGGUUAGUGGAGAAUGGAAGAGAAGCAAAUGAAGAAAGUAUUAGUGAACAAAGGAAAUGAGAACAGAGAGAAAAUUGACUUUGAUGGGGAAGAGAACAACUCAUCAAACAGGAAGAUAUAUCUAGAUUACAAUGCAACCACCCCUCUGGCUCCAGAGGUGAUUGAGACAGUUACAGAAGCCAUGCAUGAAGCAUGGGGCAAUCCGAGCAGCUCUUACGCAGAAGGUCGAAGGGCUAAAAAUAUUAUAGAUGGAGCCCGUGAAAGUCUGGCUAGAAUGGUAGGGGGACGACCCCAGGACAUCGUCUUCACUUCUGGUGGGACAGAGGCAAACAAUUUAGUGAUCCACACUGCAGUGAAGCAUUUUAAGGAAAGCAACAAGCAAAGUUCUGAUGGACCAAGAGAAGAUAAACAAAAGACUCUGGGGCUGUGUCCACAUUUAAUUACAUCUUGCAUUGAGCAUGACUCAGUCCGUCUCCCUGUGGAGCACCUAGUGAAAGAGCAUGAGGCUGAAGCCACUUUUGUACCCGUGUCCAAAGUGACAGGACAGGUGGAAGUAGAUGAAGUUGUUGCAGCAAUCCGUCCAACUACAUGUCUAGUUUCCAUUAUGCUGGCCAAUAAUGAAACUGGGGUUAUCAUGCCUGUCUCCGAACUCAGCCAACGGAUUCAAGCUCUCAAUCGGAAGAGAACGGCAUCUGGUCUGCCACGAAUCUUGGUACACACAGAUGCAGCCCAGAUGAUUGGGAAAGGUCAAGUGGACGUGCAGGAUCUGGGAGUGGAUUACCUCACUAUUGUGGGGCACAAGUUCUAUGCCCCGCGUAUUGGAGCUCUGUAUGUGCGAGGCCCUGGUGUCACCACUCCUCUCUAUCCCAUGCUGUUUGGAGGUGGGCAGGAACGGAACUUCCGCCCUGGGACUGAGAAUACACCAAUGAUUGCUGGCCUUGGCAAGGCAGCAGACUUGGUGAGCAGGCACUGUGAGGUUUAUGAAGCUCACAUGAGGAAGGUCCGGGAUUACCUGGAAGAGAGACUUGAAGCUGUGUUUGAAGAGCGAGGAGUUUAUUUUAACUGCAGGCUGAAAGGCUCAAGGAGACUGUGCAACACCUGUAACUUUUCUGUCAAGGGUUCAGGACUAAAAGGUCGGCUGGUGCUAUCUCACUGUAGGACUUUGCUUGCCAGUGUUGGUGCUGCAUGCCACUCUGAGAAGGGUGACCGGCCAUCUUCUAUCCUGCUUAGCUGCGGAAUUCCUUAUGACGUGGCACAGAACGCCUUGCGUCUCAGUGUGGGUCGUGCUACCAGCAAGGAGGAUGUGGACCUGAUUGUGGAAGAUCUGAAGCAGGCUGUGGCUCAGCUACAAUAGGCCAGAUUUUCAGUCACCUAAGUGAGACAGUUUUGCCCUCUAAAACCAGGAAGUGAGCUUACCUGACCCUAAUUUUCCAUUGCUCUAGGUGCUACUUACAUUUAACAGAAUGAAGCUAGAUAACAUUCUAGUCAGCUUCUGGCCACUGAAUUCUCGUUGAAUAAUCUCUAGUGAUUCCCCAGCCCUUCAAUACAGCAGGCCAGAAAUCAGUGCUCCCUGAAUGUAGUUACUAUGCUGAGCAGGCUCUGCCAGCAGUUUUUACUCAUUGAAGUGGGUAAACAUUUCUAGUUGGAUGUUUAGAUCUAUGAUUGCAGUUUUUGCAUGGGUUCAGGAAACAAGCCUAAAUAUUAUGGUUUGAAUGGACAGGUGAAUCCCAAAAUAUUGAAAAAUUGGGAGCUUGCCUUGGUACCUGGAAACGGCCACUCUUUUGAUGCCACCCUUCUGGGGUAUUCCUUACCGGGAAUGAAAAGCAGUUGCCCUCCAUAUAGGCACUGAAGGAAUAUGAAUAUUUCUUCUUGCUGCAGCAGCAGGUUGUAGCUGCUAUAGUAUUGCACUGUGUUUAGCAUUGAGAUGUGCAGUGGGACUAGAAUGUGCAUUCUUCUAGAGCUGAAGAGGAGAGAGAGAAAGAGAAAGAGAGAAACUUUCAUUUCACAUUGCUGUCUUUUGUGUUAUGAAGGCUGCAUAGAUACCAACCUCUCUAACCGAGGGCUUCUCCACACUUCCAUUGUCCUGCUGCUUUUUCUAGAGAAAACGGCUCUUUAGCGCUCAAUCAGAGCAAAUGGCAAUUUGGGUUUUUCCCGGAUUGCUAUUUGUUCUGAUUUGUUGCUAAAGAGCGAGUUUUCCCUUGCAAAGGAGUGGGUCAAGCAGAAAACUACUCAAAAGUCAUACUUUCUAGGCACUGCACAAGUAGAAGUGUGGAUGAUCCCCUAGUGUUAAAGGGCUAUUUAAGUUAUGAAAAGAAUCCUACUGGAAAUGGCAAUGGUGAUGGUGGGGGAUUUGAACCAGGAAUUGUUACUGCUACUAUCUGCCCUGGGCGCCAAAAGGAGGAAAUCAAUCAUAGCUGUCAUCUCCUCACGUAGCUCUUGCAACAACAGAUCCUGGUUGUAGCUGUUGCUGCUGGUUUACCCUAAAUGGAGAAAUACUCUAACGAUGGGGCAGGUGAUGUCAAGAGAGCCAGCAUAGCAAUCAUUUCCCAUCAGCAAAUGGUAGACAACUGCAUGCUGGUUCUCUUGUCAUUGCCUGCCCAGCUGGCUUGCAUCUUGAUCAAGCCAACAGCAAGGAUCUGACUGGCAAUGGUUUACUUUCCCAUAAGAACAUGUGGUGGUGAGAAGUCUGCCUUUCCAGGCAGUUCUCUUCUGCUGCUCUUUGUCUUGCCUACAAGGCAUUCUGAAUACCCUGCUCUUCCUUGUCAGGAUGCAUGGCAGGGGUUGCUCUUACAGUGAGUUUCCCCCUGCAGGGAAGGACAGGUACCACAUGGACCCUUGCUAUAACUGCUUACCUUGUCUGUGAGAAGGAGGCACCUAUAUGCAAGAAUAUCAUGGGGGAUUUUGUCAUUUUAUAUAUAGAGAGAAAGUUACAAGCCUGGUGAAUCAAGGGGAUGCUGUGGAUGUAGUGUAGCUUGAUUUCACUAAGACUUUCGACAAAGUCCCCCAUUAAAUUCUUACGGAGAAGUUGGUAAAAUGUUUGCUGGACAAGGUUAUUGUUAGAUGGAUUUGUAGCUCCCAAACCCAAAGAGUAUUCAGUAAUGGUUCCUCAUCAUCCUGGAAAAAAAUGACAAGUUGGGUGUUCUGUCCUGGGCCCAUUGCUGUUCAACAUCUUUAUAAACGAAUUGCAUGAAGGAAUUGAGAGGGUGACAGUCAAAUUUGCAGAUGACACUAAACUUGGAGAGGUACCUAAUGCUGCAAAACACAAAAUUCGGAUUCCAGAUGACCUUAACAGAUUAGAGAAUUGGCCCAAACUAACAAAAUUUCAAUAGGGAGUUGGGCUAGAUGACGUUAAGAAUCCCUUCCAACUCUAUAAUCCUAUGAAAUGUAAGGUUCUGCACUUAGGCAGGAAUGGGGGACACCUGGCUUGCCAGUAGUAGUUGUGAAAAUGAUCUAGGGUAGAUCACAAGCUUAUCAUGAGUCAACAGGGUUUUGACAAGCUGGAACAUGUGCAGAAGAGGAACUGUUGAGGAAGUUGAGUAUGUUUAGCCUGGAAAAGAGGCGAAUGAGAGGUGAUAUGGUAGCCAUUUUCAAAUACCUAAGGUCUGCCACCUUGACCUGUGCAGCAUAUUAUGCAGUUGCCACUGCAGGCACUGUGUUUUGUAGCAUGAAGAGUGAGGGGAAGGAUGAAGGUUAUGCCUUCUCACUUAUAUAAGCAAGUUUGCACAUUAAGCUACCAUAGUCCAUCUCUGUGCUAAACACUGUGAUGCAUGGUGCUCUCUUUUCUAUCAUGAAAGAGCCAGUACUUUUGUUACAAAGGAGGGAACUGGAGAAAGGGGUGGGGCAAGGACAGAAGAGUGGUAAGGCAAGCAGAGUUCAGAUUCUCCCUCCUUUUGGUUAGCACCUUCAGAUCUUAUCGGGGGUCCCUGGAUUGCUGCAGCCUUGAUAGGUAUUAUAAAAUAGUAAUUUAGUCAGGAUGGAUUGUAUACUCCAUAGUGCUAAGGUGAAUAUUCUGUUGGUGCAAGAACUUCUCCUUGCGCAGCAGAACAUUCUCCCCCUGUGUAACGCUGAAUCUGUUAUGGGGGUUCACCCAACCCUCUGGAGCAGAUUUGGAGGGGAGGCACAGGGGGAGGAGAGGGGUGGGGUUCCAUUGCACUAAUGCAACUAUUUAGCUGAAUACUGUCCUAUAUUAUUUUGUUUGUGGGCAGGAGAAGGGACCAAUACAUAUAUAUUCAAAGUCCCAGGUGAGGCACAUAGGUAGGCUGGUUAUAUUAUCAGAGACAAUUGUUAGCACCAGAAGCAAAUGCCCACAUGCAGUUCCUCAGUUUUGUGCAUGGGAAGCUAGUAGGUCUAAUCCUACAGGAAUAGGAACGAUUUUACUCAGCUCAGGGAGACAGGAAUCAUUGUAUUUCCUUAGACUGGCUGCCCUCAAAUAGGGUACUAAUAUUUGUUUCCUGUAAAAAGAGUUCAGAGAAUUUAGAGAAAAUAAGACGUUUGCCUGGCACACUCUUUCCCAGUAGUAAUGCUUUUAAGGGAUUUGUCACAUCUGUAGGAACAAAUGCUAUAUUUUUUAACUGGUUAGCCUUUUCCUUUGUUUUCCUGGCACGUAAGCUGAUUUUGUAGAUCUGUAUCAGCUCCCUGAACUGUCUUUUGUUUGUAUCCAUGAAAAGAAGACCCCAAGGACUACUUUUCAGUUAACUGUCAUAGGAAAACAUCAGACCUGCUGUGAAGAAUGUCUUGCUGGCCCUGUUGAUGGGGAAACACUGAUAAAAUGAAACUUGCUGGAUUGGGGAGGACAGCCAGGCACAAAUAUAUGGGGGAAAAAUGUCCGUCUGGAAAUGUUACGUGUUAUGCUAUAUUAUGUGUAUUUCUUGAAAGCUUUUGAGUUUCAGAACCAUUGUGGAAGGAAUUCAAAGAAGGCAAUUAAGUAGGGACCAGGAUAGACUCAUGUCUAUUUCAACUUAUUUUGCUACACAGAUACAGCCAGUCCAGCUGAUAAUAGGGAUAAGAAGACAAGAUCAAGGGUUGGUUUCACGAUUCUGUGGCUUUUUAUGAAUGUGAAAUCGCAAGCUAUUUGCUGACCUAUCAAAAUGUUAAUCUGGUAUGCUGCUGUCUGUAGCCUUGUUCUGUGGAGCCAAGGUGGGUAACACUGUAAAACAGAUAUUAACUUAAAGUCUAAAAUACAUUAAAAUGUGAUAAGUUAAAAGUAA